AUGAAUUCACUCUUCACUGUUGCCCCAGUCACACCCAAAUUUGAUCAUUUCGAGCCCAAAUUGCCACCUGCCGGACCUGAAAGCAAGGAAGAUGACCUCUCUUUCGCCAUUCGCGGUGCUAGCAUGUGUUCUCAGCUCCGUGCCGCGUGGGGCGUCUACUUGCCACAAGGCUCAGGAUCAAUUGCUGAAAUUGCGGUCUCCAUGUCCCUAGUCUUCUCUGGCAUCUGGCAUUCUGAAUUCGAAGCCGCUGACCAGAGCGUCCGACAGCUAGUCGCCACCAAUGUCACUCUGUUCCUCUUGACCACUGGCAUCGAGGUCGAACGCCUGCUGGCUAAUAUGCCUACCGACUACCUUCGACGUGGACUCGUAUGGGGUGAUCUACUCUUCGUCCUCUGGGGAGACAAGGCCUACCGCAUCGGCAAAUACGGUCCUAAGCUCACUCUCACUGCUCGAGUCCCCAGCAACGACGGUGCUGCCCCCAAACUUCUCACGUUCGCUUCGCUCCACCACACUUCUCUAGACAGAGACACUGCAAGACUGAUGUUUCUUCUGGCGCUAAAGGUCAACGCACUACCCGAGAGCGCCAUGGACUUUGUACACCGCUACAAGACAGCUAGCUUGCUCGCGUCGGAUGCAGCUCAAGUCGACGCACACGGCAGACGCUAUGUUGUCUUCAAGGCCCAGGCGUCAAUGGCCAAAGAGCCCGUCUUUGCCUUCCACACCGCAUCAGACACGGCGUCGGCGGCUGGAAGCUCCGAGAAGCCUCUGAUCGUACCUACGAAGCAGGCAUAUACGCUCGCCCAAUACGAACUGGAUCUCCGAACCGCCAUGCUACGCAAGUGGCCCUUUGCAUACAGCUCUCAGGAGCUUCGCCAGAUUUGGGAUAUGGGAGCUACUAAAUUUCAACCUGGAUUCGAGAGUUUCCCUCUGAAUGACUCUGAUGUUCAAGAGAUGAUGGACCACACUAAUCUGCUCUUGCGCAAAGGUUCAGAGGGGAAGAAUUGA